AUGGCACAGCCUCAGGGGUAUGGUUAUCCUCCUCCUGUAGAAAAUAACGCUCAGUAUCCUCCUCCUCAACAGCCUUACGGUGGAUAUCCACCACCGCAGGCCGGUUAUCCACCGCCUCACGCUGGAUAUCCACCAAAUCAACAGCCUGGCGUAGGAUUUGCUCCGGCUCAACCUGGGUAUGGUGCUCCCGUCAGCCAACAACCUGGUAAAUAUUUGAUUAUUUUUCGCAGUUUUUGAGUUCUUACUCCCCUUUGAUUUCUAAUAGACUCCCUUUUAAUUAAUAUAUUUCGGUCUGGCUGCUACCAGAAAAAUCGUGUUGAUAAAAUCGCACAAUCGGUUAUGUUGUUAUUUCAAACUUAAGCUUACUUCUUGGGAUUUCCGCUUCUUUACGAAAGCAUUCCAUUCGAAUCCCUUUCGCGCGUUUUUUUUUUUUAAAUUUAGCUCAGCCCUUAAACCCUGCUACAAAACUGAUUUUCGGUGUUUUAUUAUUCAUUUUUAUUAAACGUUGCUGUAAUAUGGAGGUUUAAAAUGUGACAGACCAUGUGUUUUCGAUCAGAUCGAUCUUUGUCCAUGUUUGUUUUUACUCGCUUGGACAGAACAGAUGUUUACUAUGCUCAAAAUCUUAAAAUUUUCUUUCCUGAUUAGGUUACCCUGCUCCCGGUGGCCAGGGACAAAUUAAUUGGAUGCAAGCUCCACCAGUUCCAGAAAACUGCCCCCCAGGGUUGGAGUAUCUCACGCAAAUAGACCAACUUUUGAUAAAACAACAAGUUGAGCUGCUCGAAGGUACGUGUUUACACGAUUACUGUUUCAAGUGGUUACGUCACUUUCUUAAGAUUUCAGUUCCUAACAAAAAAUUUAAACUUAUUCGUUUCACGGCUUUACCUUUGACCUUUCUCUUUUUGGCAGCAUUCACUGGCUUUGAAACGAACAAUAAGUACAAGAUUUUAAACAGCAUGGGCCAACAAGUUUUCUUCGCGGCAGAGGGUGAGUAAUUUCUCAAAUUUGCAUUCGUUGCUUGCUGAUAAAUAUAAGCUUAAGCUUAGAAAGAAGUUUUCUAACAAGAUUGUCAAGUACUGUGACAUACGUGACCAAAAUUUGUUGAAUUGGCCAUUAUUUUGCCGGACUGUAUAAGUGUUUGGAAGGUAAUAAGUGUCUAUUAUGACAUUACAAUGCAUUUAUGCGUGAUAUUAACACCCCUCGUAAUUGCAAUUGGGUGGUUUAAUUUAGCUCUAUUUGGGCUUUCAAAGAAUAAAUUAAAACGGCUCGGCUAAUACAUAGUGUUUUGUACAGAUAAACACACUCUCUUUUAUCAGGAGCCAAUUAGCUUUUGCUUCUAUCUGUCUUUUUAUAAAGAAACUCACCCUCAUAAUUUUAAUAUUUUUUAAAACCUUAAACGUGAUAUGCCAUAACUUUACCUUUGAACUAAUAAAGCCUGUUUACGUGACGUCACGGUGGCCAUUUGGCGUUCCAAAACAAUGAAAUGGCAGUCAUGCUGGCAUACCAAGAAAUUCCUAAGGGACUUAAACUCUUUCCUCAUGUAAACACUUUCUUUUGUUCCAAUUAAUUUGCAUAAAUGUUUGCCACAGACAGAGUGAACUAGUCUAUAUUGGACUUCUGUCAUCAGAUAUUCAAAGGUUGCAUAAUGUUUUCCACUUAAUAAUUUGCUUGCUAUGUAGUGGAUAAGCUCAGGAAGAGGUGGGAGGUACACCCAUAUAUGGGCUAUGCAGGCACAUGUCCAUGUGCUGCUCAACAAGGCAUGCUAAUUUUCCCUAAUGGAACAAGGGAACAUUGGAGCGAGGGUGGCGCAGGUUUUUCUCCGGGUACUCUUGUUUUCCCCUCUCCUCAAAAAACAGACAUUUCCAAAUUCCAAUUCAACCAGAAAUCAGGUAAACGAAGAACCACUAUGUGGAUGUGCUACCUUCAAAUUGUUAUUUAUUUAUUUGGGUCACAAAUUCAUCUCCUUUUUUUCUAGAGCAGGUCCAAAGUCUAAAAGACUCAGUGGCACACUCAGAUCUGGAUAGUAAAUUUAAGGGAUAUAAAGUCCUAUUGCAUUAUCCGUUAGAUAGACUGAGAUUUAUCUUAGUGGAUAUGUAGCACUAUCUAUCUUUUGAGCACCUAAAACCUGAUCAAUAAUCCAUUUGCCUAUGCUUAACUCCUUUUUGUACAAUUUAUUAGACACUGAUUGUUGUACUCGACAAUGCUGUGGCCCUUCCAGACCAUUUGAGAUGAAGAUCUUAGACAACUUACAGCGUGAAGUCAUUCAUUUAUCUCGACCUCUUCGAUGCUCAUCUUGUUGGUUUCCCUGUUGCUUGCAAGAGAUUGAAAUACAGUCACCACCUGGGACAGUUCUUGGCUAUUGCUCUCAAUCGUGAGAAAAGUCCUUGUUUAAUACUCUGACUAGGGUCCCAAAAUCUCCGUAGCCCAACUCGUGGGGGGCUAUUUUGGGGGACAAGCAAAAAAAGUGCCUGGCCUUAAGCUUUUGCACCCAUGAAACAAAAAACAGUGCUUGCAUACUUUUAAACAGACAAAAUAUCAAAUGAACGUGUGUUCACCAGCAUUUUGUGUUAAAGAUUCAUCUUUUUAUGUUGAUAAUUAGGAUUGUAAAAAAACAUUAAUUAGUUUUUUCAUUUGAUAUUUUGAGUGCCAUACAUCAAUAAUGUUGCGCAGUCUGCAUACAAUAACAUUGCUUUGCUGAAUCAUAUAUUCUAUGUGUGAUAAAACGUAAUUUAAAGAUAGUUGACUUAGGCAGGUGAAAAAUAAAUGGAUAGAUUUUUCUGAUUAUAAUCAGCUUUUCCCAUAUGAUCUUUUCAGGUGGUCGAUAUGCAUUCCAAAGUUUGAAAUUCAGAAUGCCGCAAGAGAGACUGUCUUGAAGAUUGAAGGGCCUUUCUGCCAGUGUAAUAUCUGUGGAGAUGUUGAAUUCCAUGUAAGGAUUAUAUUUUCCCACCCAUUAACUCUUCCAUGCAUGUGUUACUAGUAGGGAACAGACUGAGCUGCUGUACAUGUAGCUGGAAUAGUUCUGAUCAGCAGUGGAAUUGUUCCUGUUUAAGAACGUACUGGUCUGGAUGGCUAUAAUUCUGACCAAUGGAGAACACUUAAAGAGUUGUGUCAUUCAGUCUUUUUAAUUCCUAGAAUUCAAUAAUGAGAUAUUAUGAGAAUCAUUAAUCUCCCCUCUAAUUAAUACAACAGAACAUAAUGUUGUCAUGUAUAAUUGACCCACAGAACAGUGUACACUUAGUGUAUGAAUGUUUCAGUCAUUUGAAUUUCAACUUCAUCAUGUGUUUUGGUUUGUCUUAGGUUCUGUCAGCCGACGGCCAAAACCAAGUAGGGAAGAUUUCAAAACAGUGGAGUGGACUUGUUAAGGAGGCAUUUACUGAUACAGAUAAUUUCGGAAUCACAUGUAAGUCAAGACCUUGUUAGAAAACAGACAAACAGAUAAGUUAUUCUUCUUUCCAGGAUGAAGGGCUAUAAGAUAAAUAUACACAGUGAGCCAUCUUUUAGAAAAUGCGGUAAGUACAGUGGCAGAUCCAGGGGGCCUGCCCCCCCUCCUCCCCUUAUUUUUGGACCAAAUUGAGGGUGAAGGGCCGAAAAAAAGCUUCUGGGGAGACCGGGCGCCCCCUUAUCUAAGGGUCUGGAUGACUGCUUGCCCCCGUUAUCUCGAGGUCUGGAUCCGGCACUGAAGUAAAAGGAAAAUUGCCUUUUAACCUUUUAGCUCUAACAAGAUUGAAACCCAAGGAGAGGAGUGGGGGCUACUCAACAAAGUUUUAUAUGAGGAGACUCCUGCCCAGACCAACCCCUUACCCUUUUAUAUACCAUUAAUAUACCUUCUAUCAACUAAUGGUGCCAUAACAAGCUGGUACCCCUUUUGGGCGGAGCCUUCCUUUAUAGGCCAUUGUAGGAAGUACCAUCCUGGGAUUAACAUAGCUGUCUAAGGCUGCAACCCUGUUCAGUUGAAGCUCUAUCAGUGCCAUCUGGAUUUUUUUUGAUCUAGUAUUAUUCCUGCUGCACCUUGUUGUUAGUUAAGUACGUUUAUUAAAUUUUAUUUUCCUUGGCUUUUGGAGUUAGAUGGUAAUGUACAAUAAUGAAUGAAAAAAAGGAAACUCAAUAAUAACUGACCAACAAAUGAAUGUACAUUGUUUUUAAUUAUUUCUUGAUUACCAGUAGAUACCUCAGAUAUCAUCUGUUGAUGCCCAUGCCAGCAUUUUCACCCAUGCAUGGUCCUUCUUUUAAUAUUGUUGCUGUUACUUUUAAAAUGUCAAGUACUGCAUGUCACCUGUUUCUCUUUACUCUGUUACAAUAAUGCUCUGUAAUUAUCUGUAGUAUCAAGUGUAAGUGACUGUACAGACUGUAAAUGGACUCUCUUUAUUUCAGUUAUCUGUAGUGAUCAAUGGCCCUUAGUUUAGAGAGUUACACUGGGAAACAUAUGAAACCAAAUGUGGCAAUAUUAACUAAGUAUAAUAAUGUUGUCUGUGUAUUCCUUAUUGUGUUUAGUCCCCAUGGAUCUUGAUGUCAAGAUAAAAGGAGUUAUACUUGGGGCAUGUUUCCUCAUUGUAAGUACAAACACUUGAAUCAAACUUCUGUAUCAUCUGCUACUAUACAUGCAAUGUCCCUUGGUUAUGAGUUUUGUUUUCCUAAGUUUUAUCUCUGCUUACUGAAAAGACAAAAGUAGACUUUUUGUUGCAACUUUUUCCAGGUUAUUUAACACCCCUUGCAGACUUUUCCAAACUAGACAUAUUGAAAAAUCCCUGUCCUGGUUCUCCUGAACUUUGGUUAUUGUGAUAUAUAUCGCAAGUUUUAUUCACAGAGGUGUUAGAUGGAUUUCUUUACUUACAAAAUGCCCAACAGUCUCUUAUUUUUCAUUUGAGUCAAGAGCACUGGUGAGGGUUAGAGUGGUGAAGUUGCAAGGAACAAGGGUGAAAGCUUGAGCAACGAAAAAAGCAAGAAAAAACUUUUCUUCUCCCCACCCCCAAUCUCCCCUCUUUUUUACCAUUAAUUUUCAUUAUUCUACUUUUUUGCCCACUGGACGAUGCUCUGAGGAAAGAAGGAUGACUGCUCACACUCUACAUAUUCCAGACACUUUUUAUUGCUGAUCUUGAUUAUAUUUUAAUAAGUAGAUUUCAGAUGAUAAUGACAUUCAUUAAAAAGUAAUGACUUUUUUUAUGCCUUUAUUGUCUUAAGAAGCUUUAUGACUUGCCUGUGAUAUCUAAUAUUGGCAGCUUAACAGACUUUGAUCUCAUCCCCAAUGCAAUGUCAGUCUGCAUGCAGUUCGAUUUUAAGCUUUUUAACUUUUUGUUUUCUUUUUUUCAGGAUUUCAUGUUCUUUGAACAAACUCAAGGCCACGACAAUGACCGCUUUUAA